GGAAUGCAGAACGACAAAUCCUUAUCGCUGCCAAGCUUCGGUGCAUAUUGGUCGCCAUGCAUGACCCGCCGGUGCUAUUUUCAGUCGCUGCACCAUGCACCAAACCGCGCUUCUCCUUCCCCACAUGAUAGCCGGCUGCCGCUGCGACAUGCAUGCGACACGCAUUGCAGCGUUCCGCGUCGUAGACAUUCUGCAAGGCUCCCGGUUCUCCCGUUCAAGCAUGCCGCGCGACGACGUGAAUCUGAUAUAAGGCCAGCCACCACGCCAGCCUCCGAUUGACCAUCUUGCCCUCAGCCGUGGUCUCCAGGCUCCAGCUCGACAUGUGGCUCUCUAGUCUCGCGGUGCUAGCGACCCUCCUCCCGUCUGCCUUCGCUGCGAGGUGGCCGACAUUCGCCGAGGUGACCGACCGACCAGACGCGGUCCUCGACCUUGGCACGAACUACGUCGAGUUCCAGUCGCAAGUCCUCAACGACACGAAGCUGCGAUUCGUCAAGAAUUCGGGCGUGUGCGAGACCACCCCGGGAGUGAAGCAGCUGUCGGGAUACAUCGAUGUGGGGACUAAUUUGUCCAUGUGGUUCUGGUUCUUUGAGGCGCGCCACAACCCUGAGGCUGCGCCGUUUACGCUGUGGUUGAACGGUGGCCCAGGAUGCUCCUCAAUGAUUGGCCUCUUCCAAGAGCACGGUCCCUGUCAAGUCAACCCAGACGGUCAGACGACUGUCCUGAACCCUUACAGCUGGAACAAUCUCAGUAACAUCAUCUACAUCGACCAACCCAUCGGCACAGGCUUCUCAUUCGGCACCAUCGAUGUGAACAGCACGUUUGCGGCCUCACCUGCGGUCUGGACGGCAUUCCAGAUCCUUUUUGAGAGCAAGGAGUUCGCGAAGUAUCAGUCUCGCGAGUUCAUCUUCGCCACGGAGAGCUACGGGGGCCACUACGGCCCAGAGUUCGUGACGUUCUUCAAUCAGCAGAACGCGCUGAUCAAGAACGGGACGAUCAAAGGCGAGCUGGUCGACGUCAGCGCGUUGAUGAUCAACAAUGGCUGGUACGACCCAUUGCUGCAAAAUAAGGCAUAUGUCGACUUCGCAACAUUCGCUCCCGGCUACGGACAGCUGCAGAACGACACCGUCCUCGCUGCCCUGAACGAGUCGUUCUAUGGCGAAGGCGGGUGCAAGGACCAAGAGCUUGCGUGCUACGCCGCUGGGGAGUCUGCAGACAGCAACAAAAUCUGCCGCAAGGCUGACGACUUCUGCAUCGAGAACGUGUUCGUCCCUGCAGUCGGCGACCGCGACUCGGACGACCUCCGGCAGAACGCGUCCUCGCCGAACCCCUUCCCACCCGAGUUCUACCUCGACUUCCUCGCGAACAAGACGAUCUUGCAAAAGAUCGGCGCGCAGGCGAAGUACUCGGAGUGCUCGGGCCCCGUGGACGACCAGUUCAGCAAGACCGGGGACGACGCGAGGACGCUACUCCCGCAGCUCUCGGCUCUGGCGAACGCGAGGAUGAAGAUUCUCAUCUGGGCUGGUGAUGCGGACAUCAACUGCAACUGGCUUGGUGGGCAUGCGUCCGUCCUUGCGAUGGACUGGUACGGUAACCAGACGCUGCACAAGACGCCGUUCACGAACAUGACGAUCGGCGGCAAGGCCGUCGCUGCCAUCCAGAAUGUGGACAACUUCUCCUUCGCGCGUGUCUUCCAAGCAGGUCACGAAGUUCCCGCGUUCCAGCCGGCAGCUGCGUUCGAGAUCUUCAGGCAGAUCAUUCACAAGGAGCAGCUUCAUUCUGUGCCUUAGGUGUCCUCGACUGUGGGGGUCGCACCAUCCUGUCUGUAAGACGCCGAAUAACCUUUCGCUGCCGAAAUGCAAAUCUGCGCCUUAAUGUCGGUCUACCAGCGACCUAGUCACAUCCU